GCCCCGCGGAGGCCGGUGCUUCCGGCGCGCAGGCAGCGGCGGCCCGGCAGGAGGAGCCCGGCGCCGCUCCCUGCCCGCCCCGCUGCCGCACGGCCGCGCUCCGCGGCGCCCGGAGACAGAGCUCAGAUGAAAUCAAAAGAACGAUAAAGUUUGGAGGAGAAAAAGAAGCUGCAAUUGCUUUCCUGGUCUGCAGUUUGACAGGGCAUUAAGAUGUCCGUGGACAUGAACAGCCAGGGCUCUGACAGCAAUGAAGAGGAUUAUGACCCUAAUUGCGAGGAGGAGGAAGAGGAUGAGGAUCCUGGGGAUAUUGAGGAUUAUUAUGAUGGGGUAGCUAACGACGUGGAGCAGCAGGGAGCAGAUGCCUUUGAUCCAGAGGAAUAUCAGUUCACCUGCCUGACUUACAAGGAGUCGGAGAGCACUCUGAAUGAACACAUGGCCAGCUUGGCUGCCACGUUAAAGGUAUCACAUGCUGUUGCAAAGCUAGUAUUAGUUAGUUUCCACUGGCAAAUCUCAGAGAUUUUGGAAAGACACAAGUCUAAUGCUGCCCAAUUGCUAGUAGAAGCACGAGUUCAGCCCACCUCAUCCAAACAUGCAAUGGUACAUUCCUCCCAUCACUGCGCCGUGUGCAUGCAGUUUGUCCGGAAGGAGAACUUGCUCUCUCUGGCUUGUCAGCACCAGUUCUGUCGCAGCUGUUGGGAGCAGCAUUGUACAGUGCUCGUCAAGGAUGGUGUUGGAGUUGGGGUCUCCUGCAUGGCUCAGGACUGCCUACUUCGGACACCAGAAGACUUUGUGUUUCCAUUGCUGCCUAGUGAAGAACUGAAAGACAAAUACAGGCGCUACCUCUUCAGGGAUUAUGUGGAGAGCCAUUAUCAACUGCAGCUGUGUCCUGGUGCAGAUUGCCCUAUGGUUAUACAGGUACAAGAGCCAAAAGCCCGGCGAGUGCAGUGCAAUCGUUGCAAUGAGGUCUUCUGCUUUAAGUGUCGGCAGAUGUACCACGCACCUACAGACUGUGCUACCAUUCGGAAAUGGCUCACCAAGUGUGCAGAUGACUCCGAAACAGCCAACUACAUCAGUGCUCACACUAAAGAUUGUCCCAAGUGCAAUAUCUGUAUUGAAAAGAAUGGAGGCUGCAAUCACAUGCAAUGCUCCAAGUGCAAGCAUGACUUCUGCUGGAUGUGUCUGGGAGACUGGAAGACUCACGGCAGCGAGUACUACGAAUGCAGUCGGUACAAAGAGAAUCCUGAUAUUGUAAACCAGAGUCAGCAAGCACAGGCCAGGGAGGCCCUUAAGAAGUACUUGUUCUAUUUUGAGAGGUGGGAGAAUCACAACAAAAGCCUACAGCUGGAGGCACAGACGUACCAACGAAUCCAGGAGAAAAUACAAGAAAGAGUUAUGAACAACUUGGGAACAUGGAUAGACUGGCAAUACCUACAAAAUGCUGCAAAACUACUUGCAAAGUGUCGUUACACCCUGCAGUACACAUACCCGUAUGCCUACUACAUGGAGUCUGGUCCCAGAAAGAAACUGUUUGAAUACCAGCAGGCCCAGCUGGAAGCUGAAAUUGAAAAUCUCUCAUGGAAGGUGGAGCGAGCAGACAGCUAUGACAGAGGGGACUUAGAGAAUCAGAUGCACAUAGCAGAGCAGAGACGGAGGACCCUGCUGAAAGACUUCCAUGACACAUAAGACAGGAGGAAGUGACAAAGUGCAGGGGUGAGAGCAGCGAGUGGAGUGAUGGCAGCUUCACCGGGAUAAGCAGGCACUGCCUCUGGGAGAACACGGCCAAGGACAAAGCCACCCCUCCCCUUGCAAGUCAGACACAUGCAAACACCACAUCUUAGUCCAGUUUGUUCUCUUAUCUUUCUGUUUCUGUUUCUGCCAGGCUAGAGGCCAGAGUUCAGAUUGGCAUAUUUCCUGGGACAUUUCCCUCCUGCCCUUGAUGGUUUUCGAAGGGGAGGGAGUUUUUCUCUGAAUGGCUGUUAAUAGUAUUAGAUCAUUACAAUUUAUGUAAUUUUCAACGGUUGUACAAUUAUACAGACAAACCUUAGAAUAACACACAACCCUUUUUAAAAAUAAAUUGGCAGUGGAGUGUUUUUCCUUAAUCUGCUUGUAAAUCUAAUGGGCUUUUCCCCCCUCUCCCUUCCUCUGACCCAAAAAUCCUCCUAGGCACUGAAGGAGGUUACAAAAUCUCAGCUACAUUUCCCGAUGCUCCUUUAACCAGGGCAUUGUAGCAUUGGCAUUGCACGAGGAGAGUGGCUGGUGUUACGAGUGGCUGCUGCUGUGUCUGACCUGAUGGUACCAGCAGUGGCCAUGAUUUAGGAUGAUGACAUGUGACAUCUCUUGUGAAUCAAAUGUGCAAAAUCCUGCUACACCAACAAAAGCAAACAGAGGAAUUGUAGGGGAGAGACCAGGUUAACACUGGGGGAUAUGCCUUGAGUCAGGUCAUAUUCUGCAUUUGAUGAAUUUUAGGUCUUCCAUGUAGAUUUUUUGCUUUACUUGUUUUUGUGGGGAGGAUGUUGUAUUGCCAAAGUGAGUGAUGAGGGACUAGUAGCAUACAGUUGUUAAUCAAGGCUUGGGGCUUUUGCAGAGUGAAACAAUCCAUGUUAUAACAGUGCCAUGUAGCCUGGUAAAGAUUAUUUGUGCCUGCUGGGUAACAUGGCUGAGAGAAUGAUCCCGUUCAUCAAGGUGAGACUAAACACUGCUACGUUGUGAGGAGGAAGGAUGAUGUACAACACACUCCCUGGCACAUGUUGGCAAUGUGGAUGGACACUUGAAUACAGGUGCACUGCUUGUGCAGAGCCUGCACCAAGCCAGGCAGAAAAAUUAACUAGCAAAAUUAAUUUAUUUGUAUAUUAGUAUUGAUACUGGUGGGGACUUAUCCGAAAAAUUGAUUGUUAGGAGCAUGUGGAGCUUUUUUAUUAACAUUCUUUUUUCUAAUGUAAAAUAUACACUAAAAUAAAAAUAUGAAAACCUAGUUCAUCUUAGUAGGGGUUAACAUGGAAAAGGUUUACUUGAAUGCUGAUCCUUGCCUGUUUGCUGGAGGAAGCAGGCCUCGUGUUAAGAAUUCACAGGCAUGUAUGUCACCUGCAUCAGGAACAUGCUGUUUGCAGCCAGUCAGGUGGAGCUGGAGUCUGAUCUGGGGAAAUCUUCACCUCUGCGGGGAACUCAUGGGAUUGUCUUCCAUGCUUUAUGUUGAAGUGUUGCUUUUGAUGCAUCCCUGUAUUGCUUUUAUACAAUGUCACUUGAUAAAGGUUAAACUGGAGGGGGGGGAAGUGCUGAAUUCCUGCAUGUCAGAAUAAGCUAACUGCUGUUGGAGCCUUUUUCAUGUACCUGUGACAUGAGCAACCUGGUCUAGUGCAAGGUGUCCCUGGGUGGACAGGGGGUUGGAACUGGCUGAGCGUUAAGGUUCCUUCCAGCCCAAACCAGUCUGGGAUGCUGUGAUUUGCAGCACUUGCAAUUGGAUGGAUGAAUUUCAACAAGCAGUCACAAGAGGAGUAGCUGUCGUAGGAGCUAAUCCUGUGGCUGUGAUUUUAGUACACAGCAGAACAUUUCAAACUGAGAGGCCCUUUUUCUUCCUCCCUCCCUUCCCUGGUGUGGGAUGUAUCCUCAGGGAAUGGAGGAAUGCACUGCUCAGGAGCUGCAGUGGGAGUUACAACAGAAGCGGCUGAAGGUAGAGUGGGGUUGCAGAGAGGUGGCUGGAGCCAGGGAGGGGGACAGGGAAGGGAGUCCGUGGGUUCUGGGAGCAGUGCUGCUUGCUGUGCAAGAGUGCUCCAUAACCAUGGCUCCUUGUGUUCUGUCCUUGCUCCAGCCACUGCCUCCUGACAUCAUUCCCUCCUCUGCUCCCAGCAGCAGCCUCUUUGUGCCCUCCUCAUGGUGUAUUCUAAAGGUCAGCCUCUCCGUUCCUCUCCUCUUCUGGGCACUCUGCACCCAGGGGAAGGGACAGCACGGGCUAAGGCUUGCCAAGACCCAGCAGUUUGCAGUGCCUAGAACCAGUGUCUAAACUGUUCUUUAAAACUGUAAUGUGCAAAGUACUAAUUAGGAUAAAAGCUGCUGUUCUUGUUGUCUAAAUGUAACUAUCACAACACCAACUCUUUGCAGAACAGGUAUGUGGAGUUUCCUGAUCCCAAAGAGCUUUCUCUGCUGUUAUGUCCAGCUUUGAGCUAGAUGAGAAUGGGGUUUUGUCUCUCUCCCUCCCUGCCUCCUGCCCUCUCUCCCUCUCCCGUGCCCCCACAAAAUGCUUUGCUAUGAAUCCUUGUUUAUAGACAAGCCCGACCAUACAGCUGAGGCCAGACUUUCUGAACAGGCUGCUGAGAUGCUUGGCUGAGGAACAGUAAUAAAUAUUGCACAGUAUGUCCCCUAAUUCUUCUAAAUUUCCUAAACCCAGGCCUUUGUCAGCAGUUCCCUCUAUUUGAAAAGAAAACAAAACACCCUUUCUGAAGGUGCUGAAAGUCCUGCUUUGCAUGAACAGAUCCUGUUUAUGUGCUCUGGGAAGGCAACAGGACUGACUUGCUUUUGCAGCCCAGGCAGGGUGACUGCUGUUUGUGGUGUCAUACAGAAAGUCGUAGGCUCCGGGAUGAAGCCUGCAGAACACAGGGACUGUUGGCUCUAAGUGGUUCAGGAGCUGUUAAUUCCAAGGUACGAGCUUCCCUUUGGUGCAUUACUGCUACGGAUAUGGAAUGUUUGCUCUCUUUUAGUUUUCCCACCCAUUUCCAGUUCCCACACCAGCCUGACACCUCCAUCCUCGCAUCCCAUCCUCUUUUUAUUUCAGCUUCGCUCGUGUUAGUGCAUUGGCUGCCUCAUCUCUAACAGUCCUCAGGCUUCCCAGACUGUAACAAAACAUU